UUUUCUUCAUUCAUUCAUAAAUCUAAUUAUUCUCCCUUUUGUGGUAACCACUCAAAAGUUCUACUACCUCACUCUCCAUAUGGCUUUUCCUGUUAUUCUUCUAGCUCUCUUAGUGUUCUCCCAUUGUGGUUACAGCCAACGUUCUCCUUCGCCAGGAUACUACCCCAGUUCUCGAGUACCGACUUCACCAUAUGAUCGUGAUUUUCGAACUCAAUGGGGAUUUCAACACCAGCGCAGAGAACACGAUAUAACCACUCUUUGGCUCGACAAAGCUUCUGGGAGUGGAUUCAAGUCUAUCCGUCCGUACAUAUCGGGUUACUUUGGUGCUUCCAUUAAACUUCAAUCAGGCUACACAGCUGGAGUUGAUACGUCUUUCUUUCUGUCCAACCACCAAGAGCAUCCUGGAGACCACGACGAGGUUGAUAUCGAGUUUCUAGGGACAACGCCAGGGAAACCUUAUAGCCUUCAGACUAAUGUAUUCGUUAGGGGAAGUGGUGACCGAAAUGUCAUCGGGAGAGAGAUGAAAUUUAACUUGUGGUUUGAUCCUACUCAAGAUUUUCACCAUUACGCAAUUUUGUGGAACCCUAAUCAAGUAGUAUUUUAUGUAGACGAUGUACCCAUACGUACGUAUGAUAGAAAGAAUGAAGCUAUCUUCCCUGCAAGACCUAUGUGGGUGUACGGAUCGAUAUGGGAUGCAUCAGACUGGGCCACGGAAAACGGGAGGAUCAAAGCCGACUAUCGAUACCAACCAUUUGUUGCGCAGUAUAGAAAUUUCAAACUAGCGGGAUGCACGGCAGACAGGUCUAACUCAUGCAGACCACCAUCAGCUGCACCUACGGGGAACCGAGGACUGAGCCAGCAACAAAUGGGGGCAAUGGCAUGGGCACAGAGGAACUUCUUGGUCUAUAACUAUUGCCAUGAUCCUAAAAGAGACCAUACGCAGACACCAGAGUGUUAAAACAAACAAACAAACAACCAAAAGAAGAAGGUUUUAAUACUUAUUUUGCAUUAUCAAUUAUACGUUUAAGUUAAUAAUAGGAGGUCUUGAGACGGGUCCACACUGGAAACUGGAGUGCAGCAGUUGAGCGUCCCGUCCUCCAUGAUUUGAGAUUAAAAAAAGGUUUUUAUAAUCUUCUUUUUUUCUAUUUGUGAUUUUUUAAUAAUUGUUGAAAUACUGUGUGAUAUUUUUAAUAUAUGGUAUUGUAAAGUUGUGUAACCCCAAAAAACAAAGAGAGUGGUUGGCUUGAACUU